AGAUGGUGGACAUGCAGACUGAGAGGGCUUACCAGAAGCAGCCCACCAUCUUCCAGAACAAGAAGUGCGUGCUUCUGGGGGAGACUGGCAAAGAGAAGCUGCCCCAUUACUACAAGAACAUCGGUCUGGGCUUCAAGACCCCCAAAGAGGCUAUCAAGGGCACUUACAUUGACAAAAAAUGCCCCUUUACUGGUAAUGUGUCAAUUCGGGGCCGUAUUUUGUCAGGCGUGGUCACCAAAAUGAAGACGCAGUGCACCAUUGUCAUCCAGAGGGACUACUUGCAUUACAUCCACAAGUACAACCGCUUUGAGAAGCAUCACAAGAACAUGUUGGUGCACCUGUCCCCCUGUUUCAGGGAUGUGCAGAUCAGGGACAUUGUGAUGGUGGGGGAGUGCCGUCCACUCGGUAAGAUGGUCCGCUUCAACGUCCUCAAGGUGACCAAGGCUGCCGGUACCAAGAAGCAGUUCCAGAAAUUCUCAAGUCUAUUGUUCUCUGUUGGGAUGCCCAAAUAUAUCUUUUGUAAAGACCCCCCCCCCCCAAAGAAAAGAAACUCGCUCCAUCUUUCUUGUGGUGAAAUGUGUGACCUUGAGAUAGGCAUUUCAUGCAUUCCACUGCUUAGUAUUACUAGCCAAAGCUAUUGA